CAAAGCGGACACUUAAGACUACAUCAGCGAACUCACACAGGGGAGAAACCAUUCAGAUGCAUGGAGUGUGGAAAGAGCUUCAGUGAUAGUGGGAAACUUCGACUACAUCAUCGAACUCACACAGGGGAGAAACCAUUUAAAUGUAUAGAGUGUGGAAAGAGCUUCUCUAAUAGUGGGAAACUUCAACGACAUCAUCUAACUCACUCAGGUGAGAAACCAUUUGAAUGUAUAGAGUGUGGAAAGAGCUUCAGUCAAAGGGGAAACCUUAGAAUACAUCAGCGAACUCACACAGGGGAGAAACCAUUCAGAUGCAUGGAGUGUGGAAAGAGCUUCAGUGAUAGUGGGAAACUUCGACUACACCAUCAAACUCACACAGGGGAGAAACCAUUUAAAUGUAUAGAGUGUGGAAAGAGCUUCAGUCAAAGUGGACACUAUAGACUACAUCAACGAACUCACACAGUGGAGAAAGCAUUUAAAUGUAUAGAGUGUGGAAAGAGCUUCAGUCAAAGUGAGAAACUUCAACAACAUCAUCAAACUCAUACAGGGGGAAAACCAUUUGAAUGUAUAGAGUGUGGAAAGAGCUUCGCUCAUAGUGGGAAACUUCGACUACAUCAACGAACUCACACAGGGGAGAAACCAUUCAAAUGUAUAGAGUGUGGAAAGAGCUUCAGUCUAAGUGAAACCCUUAGAAAACAUCAGCGAACUCACACAGGGGAGAAACCAUUUAAAUGUAUAGAGUGUGGAAAGAGCUUCAGUCAAAGUGGACAAUAUAGACAACAUCAACGAACUCACACAGGGGAAAAACCAUUUAAAUGUACAGAGUGUGGAAAGAGCUUCAGUCUAAGUGAAACCCUUAGAAAACAUCAGCGAACUCACACAGGGGAGAAACCAUUUAAUUGUAUGCAGUGUGGGAAAACCUUCAGUCAAAGGGGACACUUAAGAGAACAUCAACGAACUCACACAAGUGAAAAACCAUUUGAAUGUAUAGAGUGUGGAAAGAGCUUCAGUCAAAGUGGACACUGUAAACGACAUCAACGAACACACAUGGAAAAAACCAUUUGAAUGUAUAGAGUGUGGAAUGAGCUUCAGUUGAAGUGAAAACUCUUUGCUAUUUGCUGUUUAGUAGCGCUGCAGAGAGCUUGCUGGGGAGACCAUGCAUUAAAAAGGGACUCAAAAAUAACUUAAACAAGGUUUUAAUAACAAAAAGAAAAACU